UUUCCGCGGUUUCUAACCUGGAUCCCCUUCCUUUUCCUCUCAGAUUUCGACCUGUCCGACGCCCUCGGGGACAAUGACCAGAAGCCAACGAAGGCUCCCAGAAAGCCCAGCGAUGACGGUGGCGCGGCGGGGAGCCCUCGCGCACUGAGCAGCUGCUGCUCGCCCUCCGCUGACCUAAGCUUGGCCGCGCUCGAAGCCCCGGGGCCCGUGACAAAGAUCGUCCCCAAGCCCUGGCAAGGGAACGGCUUUAAUCUCGAGGACGCCCUCGGCGGUGGCGGUGGUGGACACGACGCCCCAGCGUUGCCCAAUGAGCCCAAGCCCAGGCCCAACCAGCCCGGCUCCUCUGGUGGCUUUUCCGACAGUGACCUCCUAGACGGGACUUCGGGAGGUGAAGGACACGGCGGUGGCUCUGACGGCGGCAAUCCCAGGAACGAGGGACAAGACAGUAACUCCGAGGGCGUGGUCCCCGGCAUCGUGGGAGCCGUAGUGGUGGCCGUGGCCGGCGCCAUCUCCAGCUUCAUCGCCUACCAGAAGAAGAAGCUGUGCUUCAAAGAAAACGCGGGACAAGGAGAAGUGGACUUGGAGAACCGAGCGGGCACCAACGCAGAGCCACCAGUGCAGCGCACGCUUUUGGAGAAGUAGAGGCCGCUGGGCGGGAAGAGCCCAGUCCCAGGUCGGUCGCUGAGUGACACCUGCCCAGCGACACUUUGCAAGACCAGCCGUCGAGCGCGGAGGCCACCGCGCGCUCGGGGAGCCGCCGCCCCGUCUCCACUGAAGGACUCCCUGUCCCAGACCUGAGGUGACCAGCACCCCCGGUGACCAGCGGGACGAACCCGUGGGGACUUGUGUCACCUUGACCCCGGGGCCCCCGGGGAUGGGAAAGGCCCACCAGGACCCAGAACCUGGGGUCCGACACCAGCCCGGACAGAUGCCUGGACGCGCAAGCCCUGGGCCCAUGCCCAGUACCUGGACCCAGGCGACGCCUGAGGCCUCCCGAGUGGGGCUGACCCCAGUGUCCUCGCGUCCCUCCGAUGCCUUACGAUAUCCAGCGGUUUUCUUUUGUUUUGAUUUUUUAGGAUUUUUUUUUCCAAUUAAUAAAACAAAAUUGGAAACCAA